GCAAGUAAACUGGUUGAUAAUUCGACGAGGUGUCUUUUGUCAAAAGGGAUAUAAAGAUGUGAAUAAACUCUUGCUACUAUCGAAUAGCGAAUUUCGGGCGUCAGUCUGCACCCGUGGGUAACAAAAGCGAAUAAAUAUAGCCUAGCAUGGCCUCAGCAUCUAGCACAAGUGCUCGAAGCCUGUUCGUUGAUUCCAAAAUGAGGUUAGCAGACCGGGUGCAAGUUAACGUCAAUAACAUAGCUUCGUUAGCGAGGCAAAUACAACGAGGAUCACGCAGUAGUGAGAUUUUAAUGCAUUCUUCGAGGAACUUUGCUCUACAAGAACAUGGAUUGGAGAAUUCAGAAGCAAAUUUGAAAAAGCUUCUCCUCAUCACGACUCACCUCGAAUUUCAACUAGAUGCUAUCGACAGGAGUUCCACAAAGCUGGAAGAAGUCACUGAACAAGUACGCGCCAUGCAAAGAUGAAGUAUUUCACCAUGGAAUUCAAACGUGCUUAAUUCAGAAAUCAUUAUAAUCUAUAGGUAGAGGGCAUAUUUCAUCAUUAGACCUAUAUAACUCUUCUUUGGGGCAAAUUCAAGCUGAGUCCAGCUAUAAUGUUCACAAAAAUGUGGCAAUUCAGUCUCUGAAUUGGUCAUUUGGGUGUGGAAUUACCAACUAAGUA